AUGGCUACACGAGCACCACUUGCGCGCUUUCUGCAAAGGUCGCGACCGGGUGUCCAGCAAUCUCGCUGGCUUCAUACAACACCAUGCCGAAGAACAGAUGGUGUGUUUCGCGAAUUGACGGACCAACGCGUCCAGAUUCCAUGGAUCGAUGCGUUCCGGAAGAAGGAAAAGUACGGACAGGAUGCAACGCGUCCAUCAGGCAAGCCGGAGACACCGAGCGACCGCGACCUCAGCCCGAAGAAGAUGAGCGAUAGCUAUCACUCUGUGAUCCUACCACUUGGACGUGAUCCAUGGCUGCUGGACACAUAUCUCAACUCCUCCGGCCACAUCCGACUCGGCACGAUCUUUAUGGACCUGGAUGCGCUGUCCGGCGUGAUCGCAUACAAGCAUACGGGCGACAAUGUGACAACAGUAACUGCCGCCUUCGACCGCAUCACCAUCAACCAUCCUCUUACCGAGAUCUGCGAUUUGGAGUUGAGUGGGCAGGUGACAUACGCGUCCGGCAGGAGCAGCAUGGAGAUUAGUCUGCAGGUUGCAAAAGCGCCAAAGGAUGGUCAGCGAGUCAAGAAAGAAGAUAUCAUGAUCCAGGCAAAGUGUACGAUGGUCUCGCUCGACCCAGGCACGAAGAAGCCGGUCAACAAUGCGCCAGUGCGGACGGAUACCGAAGAGGAGAAGCAACUAUAUGCUGAGGGCGAGAAGAAUAGUGCCCAUCGCAAGGAGCUCGGUCAACGCUCGUUACUCAAGACCACGCCAAACGACGAAGAGAGUGAUCUCAUCCAUGCUAUGUGGCAAAAGCAGCUAAAGUACCACGAUCCUAACGAUCCAUUGCGGAAGCCUAGCAAUGUUUACUUCAUGGAUAGCACAAUCCUCAGUACCGCAAGCAUCAUGCAGCCGCAGUAUCGUAACCGACAUCAAUUCAUGAUCUUUGGCGGCUUCCUGCUAAAGCAGACUUUUGAGCUAGCCUUCUGCUGUGCAGCAAGUUUCGCUCAUGUUCGACCCACAUUCGUCUCGCUGGAUCCUUCGACGUUUCAAAAUCCUGUACCCGUUGGCAGCGUGCUGUACCUUACAGCAACAGUCGUCUACACCGAUCCGCCCAUCGUGUCUGGCCACUCAGACAGCAUGGAUAAGUCUCAAGAUGAUAACACACAGACCAGGGUCCAGGUACGGGUAGACAGUAAAGUCAGGGAUGUCGAGCAUGGCACCACGAAACCUACUGGCCAGUUCAACUAUACUUUUAUGGUUGACAAGAACUUGAAAGUCCUACCGAGGACAUACACGGAGUUCAUGAUGUACGUUGAUGCGAGGAGGAGAGCAAGACGAAUAAGCGAGACUGUACAGCAAGGCGAGGCGGAUGGUGGCACCAAAGACAGGAUCACGGAAUAA